AUGCCAACCGUAGCGAAACCAUUGCGACCAAGCGAGUUCACGGCACUCUACUUGCGUCCCACCGCUUGUCUGCAAUUCGCAAAUAAAACCCGACCCGGUGGUCCCGACAGCGAAUCGUCACCCGCUGCUAACUUUGCCCUUUGGCCAAUAGAUAUAAUCCUCGUUCGGUCACGUGAUCUUAGCGGCAUCAUCGGUGCUGCUCCCUAG